AUGUCAGAGAUCAAUAUAAAUUUUUGUCCUUUUGACGGAUAUUUUUUAGGUGACGAAGAUAAAUGUAGUUUUUGUGGAUUUGAUAGAAUUUUUGCUGCUAAUAAAAAUUGGGGCUCGUUGACGAAUUCACCCACAAAUAAACGUGAACCAUGGCGUAAAUUAUUAUGGAUAAAACAAGAUUAUCCAGAUAAUUACGUAGAUAGUACUUUUCUCGAAGAACUAGAAAAAAACGUUAACGUUAGAGCAUACGAUUAUUGGGCCGUAUUAAAAGAAUCUUGCGUAAUUUCACAACAUAUAAGCAGCAUAGUUAUUUUUAUUGCAGUAUUUAUAUAUUUAUAUCUUGAUAUGUUAUCAGCACAAAAUUUAAUCAUAAGCGGAACUGUGUUCACUAUAAUUGGAUAUAUUUUUUGGGAUAAAAGUAUCUCAAAAACUGACCCUUCUUAUGAGUACAAAAGAUGGAAAACUGCAAAAGGAGCAGUACUUUUUUUUGCAACAUUAUUAUGUUUGUCACCAAUUUUAAAAACUUUAACAAAAGAUACAAGUAGUGAUACAAUAUGGGCUUUGACUGUUAUUUUAUUUCUAGCCAAUAUGUUAUUUCAUGAUUAUGGUUCUGAAAAUAGGACUAACAUCAAAUUCCCUGGAUCAUUAUCAACAAAUGCUGCUAUAUUUUCUUCAGUUUUAUUAGCUUCUAGAUUACCUUCAAAUUCUCAUGUUUUUGGAUUAAUGUCUUUUGCUAUUGAAUGGUUUGCUUUAUUUCCAAUUUUCAGAAGAUAUAUCAAAAGCCUUUCAGUUGAAUUCAAUAUAGCAUUAACUUGUUUAUUGUUUAUGCUGGCUACUGUAUUAUUUUUAAAUAUUUCAAAAACCAUUGUAAUUCUUUAUAUUUUAGGCAUUACUUUUAUAACUUUUGUUUGUCCUUUUUGGUUAAUUUGGAUACAAAAAUAUAAAAACGAGAUUCAUGGUCCAUGGGAUGAAGCUAGACCAAAAAUUACAACAUAUUAA